AGGAGACGGUUGCGCUGCACACAGCCCCGUUCCUGUUUACAUGAUGUCAGUGCUCUCUGUCAUUGUGCUGAAGCUCCUGUAGUCACAUUUUGACGCUCUUUGACGGUGUUCCGUGUAGUCGCCGUGGUGCAGGAGGAGGUUCGUGGAGCUGCUGAAGGUCUUACAGCUCAGAGACUGGACCCGGUUACCGACCAGCACCCGGUGUUAGCGAGCCACCCUGGACGUGCCACAGGUGAUGGUCUAAACCUUGGGCGACGUUUGUAGUUUGAGUCUGUUUCAAACGCGGCACACUUGAGAGAUGCCUCCGAACAAACGGAUCCACAAGAAAACACUUAAACUGGAGUGUGAGUGGAGUUCGUGUCAGGAGUCCUUCAGUCGGAUGGAGAACUUCUGUAAGCAUGCGGAGGGUCACCUUACUGCUGUGGACAUGGCGGAGGAGGACGAGGACGCAGAAGCAGAAGCAGAGAGAAACUGUCUUUGGAGAGACUGUGGUUUCUGUUCUGUGGAGGGUCCUGAGGAGCUGCGAAGGCACCUGUUCUUUCACUGUUACCAUACCAAGCUGAAGCAGCUGGGUCAGCAGGUGCUCAACGCCCAGCCAGAAAUCGGCACCUGCUCCAUCGGUUACCACAACCGCAACAACAUCCCUGAAAUCCCAGACAAUUUUCUCUGCCUUUGGGACGAAUGUGAGCAAUCUCCGUAUGAAAACCCAGAGUGGUUCUAUCGCCAUGUGGAGAUGCAUAGCAUGUGCAUGGAUAUACCAGCAGGAGACUGUGAAUUCCCAGUACGCUGUGGAUGGAAAGAUUGCGAAGCCACUGCAAAAGGACGUCCUAAGUUGCGGGAGCACCUGCGCAGCCACACCCAGGAGAAAGUGGUGGCAUGUCCAGGCUGUGGGGCGAUGUACGCCAACAACACCAAGUUCUUUGACCACAUCAUACGACAGAGCGCCAUGGAAGGUCAGCGGUUCCAGUGUUCUCACUGUUCCAAACGUUUUGCAACAGAGAGGCUGCUGAGAGACCACAUGAGAACCCACGUGAGCCACUACAAAUGCCCACUGUGUGACAUGACUUGUCCAUCGCCCUCUUCGCUGCGCAACCAUAUUAAGUUCCGCCACAGUAACGAGAAGCCAUACAGUUGUGAAUACUGCGAAUACAGGUGUAAGAAUUUGAUCGACUUGCGCAAACACCUGGAUACCCACAGCAGCGAUCCGGCGUUCCACUGCGACGUCCCCAGCUGCGAUUUCACCUCUCGGACCCUCGGCACCAUGAAGAUUCACCACAAAAGAGAACACGAGGGGAGUUUUGUUGCUCGCUACAAGUGCCACGUGUGCGACCAGUGCUUCACCAGGGGCAACAACCUAACUGUUCAUCUGCACAAAAAGCACCAAUUCAAAUGGCCCUCUGGACACCCCAGGUUCAGGUACAAGGAGCACGAGGACGGCUUCCUGCGGCUGCAGCUGAUUCGCUACGAGAGCGUGGAACUGACAGAGCAGCUAAUGAGGGAAAGACAGAACAGGCAAGGGGACGAGGAUGAGGACGGUGGCCAGACUGAAGGUCAGGAGCUAGAGGAAGAAUCCCCGGGGGCGGCUCCCACAGAGCUGCAGGUAGAACUGAGGGGGGUGCUGCUGGAGGAGCAGAGGACUGAGGAGCCCACCGACGGCCCUGAAGAGGACAUGUUGUACGUUCUCACUGGAGGUUUGUCACAAGCUGGGGAGGACUCUGUCAUGCAGCAACUCCAGGAUACUGCUCAGCAGCAGGGAAUGCAGGUGGUCUGACUGCCACAACAGCCCUGCAUACACGACCUACACAUGACAGGACAUUUUGUGGAAAACUGUGCUGUUUCACAGAUACAUUGAUAACAUAGGAUCUUGUGGGAUUUAAUGGGAGCUGGUACAGAGAUGUAGUUUCGAUUUUAGAAAGCGAGGCACUUUUUAAGAAAUUAAAACAAAGGGAUGCACACUC